GCUUCCGGUGGCCCCGCGCGCCUCCCGACAUCCUUUGCUCUCUUGCCGCGGCCGCCGCCGACAUGGGACGCGUGCGAACGAAGACGGUGAAGAAGGCGGCGCGGGUGAUCAUCGAGAAGUACUACACCCGCCUGGGCAAUGACUUCCACACCAACAAGCGAGUGUGCGAGGAGAUCGCCAUCAUCCCCAGCAAGAAGCUGCGCAACAAGAUCGCAGGGUAUGUCACCCACCUGAUGAAGCGGAUUCAGAGGGGACCUGUCCGAGGCAUCUCCAUUAAACUGCAGGAGGAGGAGAGGGAGAGGAGAGACAACUACGUCCCCGAGGUCUCUGCCCUGGACCAGGAGAUCAUUGAAGUGGACCCAGACACCAAGGAAAUGCUGAAGCUCUUGGAUUUCGGCAGCCUGUCCAACCUGCAGGUGACGCAGCCCACGGUGGGGAUGAACUUCAAGACCCCCCGAGGAGCGCUCUGAGCCGGUCUCUUCUCUGUCACUUUUCCAAUAAACGUGGGGAAACCAUCUGGGCCUGGCUGGUCUUUGGCACCUGCGUCCCCAGGGAGCAGGAGGGAGGGCUGGUACCUGGGGACACCGCGUCCCAGCCGCGUGUCUGGGAGGCUGCAGAGGGUGAGGAGGACCUGAGGCCUUCGUGUGCACCAGCCUCUGGCUGGGGGCUUGGCUGGCUGUUGGGGGGUGAGGUGCAAAGCUGCUCUUCCACAGGGUGUCCCUGGGGUGGUGGGAGGAGGAGGAGGCCAUGGUGGCUGUGGUGGCUUCUCGGAGCUUGGUGGAGCUCCUCAGCCUCGGUGCCUCCCAGGCUUGCCUGUGCCUCCUGCGAAUGGAGGCCAGGGAGUCACCAGCUGUGCCAGAAUAAAGGAUGCUUUUUGUCA